CAAAAGAGAGAGAGAGAGAGAGAGGGAGAGAGAGAGGCCAGCCGCAUUUUCCAUCAUCCUCUGUUCGAAGCGGACAGAAAAAGUUGAAAGAAAAAGAGAUUCUCAUAUGGAGAUCGAUAAAGCUAUAAGUGAAAGCAAUGACCGAAGGUUGAAAUCGAAGUACAACAACGCAAUCUACGUUAUCAAGAGAGCUUUCGCUUUAUACGCGUUUGAGGAGGUUGCCUUCAGCUUUAAUGGGGGAAAAGACUCAACUGUCUUGCUGCAUUUGCUUAGGGCUGGAUACUUUUUGCAUAAGAAACCUAACUAUUUGAAUGAGGACCAUACAAAUUGUGAAAUGAAGUGUCCAAUAAGAACCAUCUAUUUUGAUAGUCCUUCUGCUUUCCCAGAAAUCAACUCCUUCACAUGUGAAACAGCUGCUGUUUAUGACUUGCAGCUGGAAAUUUUUCGCAUAGAUUUCAAGUCUGGUUUGGAAACUCUUCUGAGGGAAAAACCAAUUAGAGCUAUUUUUCUUGGUACCAGAAUUGGUGAUCCUAAUGCGGUUGGCCAAGAACAAUUCUCACCUAGUUCUCCUGGAUGGCCGCCAUUCAUGAGAGUGAAUCCCAUCUUGGAUUGGUCCUACAGGGAUGUAUGGGCCUUUCUUUUGGCAUGCAAAGUUCGAUACUGUAGUCUUUAUGAUCAAGGUUAUACUUCUGUAGGGAGCAUAUAUGAUACAGUUCCAAAUGCGUUGUUGUGCAUCAGUGAUUCGUCCACCAGCAAAGAGAACUUUAGGCCUGCCUAUUUGCUUCCAGAUGGAAGACUAGAAAGAGCAGGUAGAGCAAAAAAGUGUUCUCGUCUUGAUUCUGGAGGUGAUCCUCUCAUAAAUGGCCUGAAUAAUGUGGAUGCAUGUCAAAGCCGAACUUUCACAGUUUCAGUCAUUGCUGUCGGUGAUGAAAUCCUGUUUGGCACCGUUGAGGAUGAACUAGGACCAUCACUGUGUAGAAAGCUUUGCUCUAUUGGUUGGACGGUCUCACAUACCGCUGUAGUUCGGAAUGAUAUUGAUUCUGUCGCUGAAGAAGUUGAGCAGAGGAAAUCCAGCAACGACAUGGUAUUUAUAUAUGGAGGUGUUGGCCCUUUGCAUUCGGAUGUAUCUGUGGCAGGUGUUGCAAAAGCCUUUGGAGUUCGUCUGGCUCCUGAUGAAGAAUUUGAAGAAUAUCUUAGGCAUCUUAUGAGUGACCAAUACACUGGGGAUCGGAAUGAGAUGGCCCAAUUACCUGAGGGUAUCACUGAAUUACUACACCAUGAAAAUCUGGCAGUGCCUUUGAUCAAAUGUCAAAAUGUGAUAAUUCUUUCUGCAACAAAUAUUAUUGAGCUGGACAAGCAGUGGGACUGUUUAAUUGAGUUGACCAGCUCUAGUGGUCCUCUACUGUCAAUGGCACCAUUUGUAUCAAAGAGUCUGACUACAUCUCUUUCUGAUGUACAAACUGCUCAACCUCUGUUAAAAUUAUCUCUUGAAUUCCCCGAUCUCUACAUUGGGUGUUACCGCAAAUCCAGAGUUGGGCCCCUCGUCAUUAAUUUUGUGGGAAAGGUAUACAAUCUCACAAGGCCAAUCACUUGGACCAAGCUAGAAUAGACUUGGCAUUGCAAGCUUUACACAAGAAGUUUAAUCAUGGAGACUUCUCAGAAGUAAACUGUGGGUGACCACUCUCGCUUGAAGUAUUGACCUCUGGACACUGAGGGGUUCUAUUUGACAACUGCACUCAUAGAAGGUGGCUUCACAUCUUGAUUCAAUGACAGGGGAACUGGACGGCCUCAUGCUCUCGAAACCAGAGGAAGAAGAGAGCAGAAAUAAAAAUAUAAAGCAGUGCCCUUGUAAUUUAGAAUUGUAAUGUUCUUAUAGUUGUUACAACAAAUCAGACGGGGGAAAAGCUUGCCAGAUUUCUCCACAUAUUUCUUGGAGAACGAUGGAAAAGAAGAAAAGGUCAGACCUAGCACAGCUGUAUCAUUAUAUUAAUAACCGAGUAUAACAGUCAUUUUCAACUUGGCCCCAUAUGAAUACUAGACUCACAAACUUAAGUUGCAUUGAAAUAAUACACUACGAAUUCAUGGGCCACCUGUUUAGGGCACUUGAUGAGGUCAUAUGGAGUAUUGGGAAAGGUAAGUACACACUUGGAUUGCUCUCAUCAAUUUUUUGUGUAUUACUUACUACCCAAUCUGUAUUAGAUGUCGUUUACGGUAUUUGCAAUGGUUGAAACAAAUUGGCUGAUGUUGGCUUUUUCAAUCA